AUGGCGACCACUCUUCCGGCUCACCCGACCCCGCAGACGGUCACCCAGCUGCUAUCCAAGAUUACCGAUGCCGACCCCGAUUUCCGGUUUAUGGCCCUUAGCGACUUGCUGGCGGUAUUCAACAUUGCGAAACCGGAAUUUCUGAACCACGAUUACAACACAGCGGCCCGAACCGUCGAUCAUGUCGUUCGGGCUUUGGACGAUCAGAAUGGGGAGGUCCAGAACCAGGCAAUCAAGGUUCUCGGCCCGCUAGUCAAGAAAAUCACACCGCAGCUUAUCGCACCGAUGAUGGAGAAGCUUUGCAGUUUGAAGCUCAAGAACUCGGUCGACAACUCUCUUCCGUCUAUGGCCAUUCGCGCUGUGGUCGAGGCCCUACCUCGCCCCUCGCCAGGUGUCGCUCCGGCCAGGGACGUUAGCGAGGCGUAUACCAGUCUUAGCCGGGUUCUCAUACCGCGUUUCCUUGGCCGUUCGAACUCGGGGGGCAGAUCUAGCUCUAGUCUGCUAGACCCCGAGGACCCAAGCUCGGAUUCGGUCGAUGUCCUCAUUGAAGUCGUUCGUUGCUUCGGGCCCAUGCUUCAAUCUUUCGAAAUCGAGGCCCUCCAUAACGCUGUUGUGAAUAUCCUUGAGAAGGACAAGGGGAAUUCAGUUGUCAAGAAAAGGGCGGUGGUUGCGAUUUCUAUGCUCGCCCACUACCUUUCUGAUGAUCUUCUCUCUGCCUUUAUCAAGCGGGCUACUAGUGUGCUUCGCCAAUCCCAAAUCAAGGACUCCACCCGCCGCUUGUACAUUACGGUUCUGGGUUCUAUGGCUAGGUCGAUUCCUUAUCGGUUUGGCCUCCACUUGCCCGACUUGGUACCCCUUGUUCUCAGUGUUCUGAGCGAGGAGGAGCUACAGGCACAGCUUGAGGAUAUCAAUGAGGGCGAGGCAACAUUAGAGUUUAACGAAGUUUGCGAAGCCGCGCUAGUCGCUUUGGAGGCGUUCCUCUCUUCCUGUCCGACACAAAUGCGCCCCUUUACCAACGAAGCCAUCGAAGCUUGCCUCCGAUACUUGAAAUUUGACCCGAACUAUGCGGUCGACGACGAUGAGGAGAUGGAGGACGAAGAGGACGAAGAAGAAGAUGAGUUCGACGAAGACGAUGAGUUCGAGGCUGCCGGAGGGUUUGACGACGACGACGACGCAAGCUGGAAGGUCCGGCGCUGCGCUGCCAAGGGCCUGUACACCAUCAUUUCGACUAGGAGCAGCGGCGAUCUUCUGGACAGUGGUGUUCUUUAUAGCACGGUGGCCCCAGCUCUGGUCAAGCGGUUCAACGAGCGCGAGGAGAAUGUGCGCCUCGAGGUGUUAUCGUCAAUGGCCCUCCUUGUUCGAAAGACGGGCGAGGGUGUAAUCCCUCUUUCUAUCGAUGGUGCUCAGAGCGAAUACCUGAGCCAGCCACCCGCCAGUCGCAAAAGGCGUCGCCAGAGUAGCGCGGGCGGGCCUGCCUCCUUCACACUUUCUUUGGCCCCGACUGAUCUCUCUGGCACUGGCCUUACCUCGCCUACUAAAGAAAAGCCCCCCGCCACCGGACCGCGCGCAGACCUGGCCGCCCUCACGCCGUCUAUCGUCAAAUCCCUGACCAAGCUGCUCAAGGGAAAGCUCAUUCCGACAAAGCAGGCCUGCAUCAAGCUUCUGGAUGACCCAUCAAGUGCUGCAUCCACUUCUGCGUCUUUGGCGUCGGCCGGUGGCGGUGCUUCCGCAACGGCGACUACCCUCAGGAUCGCUGCCCUUCGCCUGACAAGCGAUAUCUCCAAGAACCACUCCUCAGCUGUGCUUCAGCCCUUUCUUUCUGCAAUUGUCGCCGGUGUGGUUGUGGUCGCCCAUGACAGAUUCUACAAAAUCUCUGGAGAGGCGAUUCAAACGGCCGAGGAGUUGAUCAAGGCCAUCACCCCGCCGCGUUCUCGCCUAACGGCCCAGAAGUUCAAGGGAGAGCUGCAGAAGCUCUACGAUGUAGCUAUUGAUCGUGCAACUGCCAAUGAUGCGGACGCCGAAGUUCGUCAGAAGGCUAUUCAUGCUCUCGGCACGCUCCUAGCCCGUACAACGGGCGCCGAGGGUACAAGUCUUCUUGCUGACGAUAAACGGAAGGCGGCUCUUGCUUGCCUCCUCGAUAGGCUCAAGAAUGAGACAACCAGGCUCGCGGCCGUGCGUGCUGUCGACACAGCCGCCGCCAUGUCCGCGGAAGCAGUUCAGUUUGACCCCCAGUGGACACGCCAGGUUGUCGUUGAGCUGGCGGCUCAACUGCGGAAGGCCAACCGAUCGCUGCGUGGAUCAAGCGUCAUGGCUCUGAAACAUCUCACAAUCUCUCCCGCUACCAAAGGCACACUGGACGAGGCCACCGUGCGGAGCGUGGUGGAUGCAUUGGUGCCCGUCAUUAACAAUAACGAUGCCCAGCUUCUUGGACCCGGCCUCCUUGCCCUCGCUCGUCUCACGCAAGAGAUGCCCAGCGUCGUCAUCAACCCGCAGCUCAUCGGUGCUCUUAGUAGAUUGCUCCAGACCACCGUUAUAGGAACGGUCCUGGAUUCUCUGCUUGUCUUAGUCACACAGGCCGGGCAGACGGGCCAGGGCAAGCCCUUGAUGGUGGCGCUCCUCAAGGAUGUCGGUGUCGGCGGCGAUCCGUCUGUGGUCGGCAAGGUAAUAGGUACACUUCUUGUUGCCAGCGGUGAUUCAGCCGGUGUUACUCUGAACAGCUUUGUUCAAGAAAUUGAAGCCAGUUCUGGUGACCAGGCUCGGAGCAGCCUUGCCUUGGCCGUCAUAGGAGAGGCCGGUUUGCGCCUUGGAAGCAGGUUCCAGAUCCCGCCUACGCUUUUCCUGGAGCAGUUUACCAACGAGUACGAUAAGGUGUCGCUCGCGGCAGCUGUUGCUCUCGGACGCACUGGUGCGGGCAAUGUCUCCUCUUACCUGCCUAUCAUCCUGAAGUCGCUUCGACAGAAGGGCAGUACACAGUACUUGCUCUUGCAGUCCAUCAAGGAGAUCCUUCAGCAGGUCGCUCUCUCUUCGACCGACAUCGGCGAGUUCUCUACUCAGAUCUGGGAUCAGAUUCUUGCGGCUAGCGGUACUGAGGACAACAAGGCCGUUUGCGCGGAGUGCGUUGGGCGCAUGGCCAUCAUUGACCCCAAGACUUACAUUCCCAAGUUGGAGGCCUUAUUCAAGGACAAAUCCGUGGUCUUGAGGGCCAUCGCAGUGCAAGCUCUCCGAUACACGCUCCCUGACGACAACGAGGCGUUCGACGCAUACCUCAAGCUCUCUUUGGUUGAUAUGCUGAAGACAGCGCUGAGCGACCAGGAGAUUGAAAUCCGCCGCCAUGCCAUGUCGACCUUGACCUCAGCAGCGCACAACAAGCCGGAGUUGAUUCUAGGGAACCUCAACCAGCUGUUGCCUUUUGUCAUGACCGAGACGGUUGUCAAGCCAGAGCUUAUCCGGGAGGUGCAAAUGGGCCCGUUCAAGCACAUCAUUGAUGAUGGGUUGGACGUCCGAAAGGCGGCGUACGAGACGCUGUAUGCGCUGAUGGAGACGGCUUUCUCGCGCGUCAGCAUCAUCGACCUCUACGAUCGUAUCGUUGCCGGUCUGGUAGACGACAACGACAUCCGCGCCCUCUGCAACCUGAUGGUGUCGAAACUGGUCUACCUCGACGCCGACGAGACGGUCCGCCGUCUCGACUCGAUUGCAGGGGGGUUCCGCAAGACCCUAUCGCACAAGCUCAAGGACAACGCUGUGAAGCAGGAAAUCGAGAAGCAAGCGGAGGCCAACAAGUCGGUCCUGCGUCUCACCCUGCUCCUUGGUGAGAAACUUAACAAGUCGGCUCUCAAUACCAGCGGUGCUCAAGCGGCGGCCGGCCCGACCGGAUCCAACCAGGUCUGGACAAGCUACUGGGAGUGGGUCAACCGGGACUUUAGCGGCCAGCUGAAGGCCAUUAGGGACGAGAACCGGACGGCAAACUCUGAUGAGGCGAGUUCUUCUUAG